AUGGACAAAUUCCGGAUGGUCUUCCAAUACUUCCAGUCCAGCUCGGAGUCCGUGAUGAAUGGGAUCUGUGGGCUCCUGGCCCUGGCCACGGUGAAGAUGUACACCUCCUUCGAAUUCAACUGCCCCUGCCUCCCCAGGUACAACGUGGUCUACGGGCUGGGCGUGCUGCUCAUCCCGCCGGUGGCCCUCUUUCUCUGCGGGCUGAUCGUCAACAGGCAGUCUGUGACCGUGAUCGAGGAGUGGAAGAGACCCACGGGGAGGCGGACAAAGGAUCUGGGCGUCAUCAGGUACAUGUGCUCCUCCAUCCUGCAGCGAGCCCUGGUGGCCCCCAUCGUCUGGAUCCUGCUCACCCUCCUGGACGGGAAGUGUUUCAUCUGCGCCUUCAGCAGCUCCGUGGACCCCGAGAAGUUUGCGGAAUUGGCCGACGUGGCCCCAGGCGAGGUGCAGUUCCUGCUGGCCAAGGUGCCCUGCAAGGAGGACGACCUGGUGAGGAACAGCACGUCUAGAAAGGCCGUGUCCAGGUACCUGAGAUGCCUGUCCCAGGCUCUGGGCUGGAGUAUCACCCUGCUGCUCAUCCUGGCGGCUUUCCUGGCCCGUUCCCUCCAGCCCUGCUUCCACCAGGCCGCCUUCCUGCAGCGCCGCUACUGGAGCAACUACCUGGACCUGGAGCAGAAGCUCUUCGACGAGACCUGCUGCGAGCACGCCCGCGACUUUGCUCACCGCUGCGUCCUGCACUUUUUCGACAGCAUGCGGAAGGAGAUCAAGGUCCGGGGCCUGAGCAUCAGCCGCGACCCUCUGGGGCAGGAGGAGGGGGAGGGGGAAGGAAAGGAGGACCACCUCCACGGGAUCACCAACCAGGACCAGAUGAACAGACUCUUGGCAACCUGGUACGUCAGCAAGCCCCCGCUGGACAUCGCCCGAGCCACCCAGGCCCAUCCCUCGGAGGCUGAGGGGAGUGACAGGUGGCCUCCUUCUCCCCUGGGCAGGAGACUCACCAAGCAGACGAAUGUUUAAAGAAGUCAAAUCCCCAAGGCAACAGAGGGAGUUUCUUCUAUAGGAGGGAUCCCAAACUGCACUAGAGAUAGAGCCCCAAGCUUUACCCAAGGCAAUUAAACCCUCAGGAUAACCCUCUGCAG